AUGACGCAAGAAUCCUCGCAAGUCGCGCCCCGCUACCUGACCGGCGAUAAGGCCGGCCUCCAGGAGUUCCUGGCCAAAUUUGAUGUAUUCCUCUUCGACUGUGAUGGUCUGUCCCCCGUGCUCGCUCUAUCCCGGCGAUCCGUCCGCGGAGGCGUUUUAUGGUCCGGCGAUCACCUCUUCCCCGGAACAGUGGAAACACUUGAGCUUCUCCGAAAUAAGGGAAAGCAAGUGGUCUUCGUGACGAAUAACAGCACCAAGUCGCGCGCAGACUACCGCAAGAAACUCGAAGGCUUGGGAAUUCCCAGUACAGUGGAAGAGAUCUUCUCCUCCUCAUACAGCUCCUCUAUAUACAUUUCCCGCAUCCUCCAGCUCCCCGAAAACAAGCGCAAAGUCUACGUUAUCGGCGAGACAGGCAUUGAGCAAGAGCUCCGCUCCGAGAACGUCUCAUUCAUUGGCGGCACAGACCCUGCAUACCGCCGCGACGUCACACCCGAGGACUACAAGAAGAUUGCGGCGGGCGAUGAAUCCAUUCUAGACCCCGAAGUUGGUGUCGUGCUCGUCGGCCUCGACUUCCACAUGAACUACCUCAAGAUCGCGUUGGCGUACCACUACAUCAAGCGCGGAGCGGUCUUCCUCGCCACCAACAUCGACUCCACCCUGCCGAGCUCCGGGGCUCUGUUCCCCGGUGCUGGCUCCAUGAGCGCGCCGCUGAUAAUGAUGCUGAAUAAGGAGCCAAUCGCACUCGGCAAACCGAGCCAGGCUAUGAUGGAUUCCAUCGAGGGCAAGUUCAAGUUUGAUCGUAGCCGGGCCUGCAUGGUUGGUGAUCGUGCGAAUACGGAUAUUCGCUUUGGACGUGAGGGGAAGCUUGGUGGUACGCUGGGUGUUUUGACUGGUGUCUGUUCCAAGGAGGACUUUGUUUCUGGCGAGGUUAGGCCUCAUGCUUACUUGGAUAAGCUUUCUGAUCUGCUGGGCUCGGAGUAG